UCGAAGCCGCGCGCCCCACGCCGCCCCGACAUGGCCCUGCCCCGGCCUCCGCACGCCCCGCAGCUCAGGUUCCUGCUGUUCCUGCUGCUGCUGCUGCUGCUGCUGUCCUGGCCGCCGCCGGGGGACGCCCUGGCACUGCCCGAGCAGCGACGCGCCCACCCGGAGGAGGCCCAGCUCGACGCCCGGGAGCUACGCGGUCGCUUCCAGGACCUGCUGAGCCGGCUGCAAGCUAACCGGAGCCGGGAGGACUGGAACUCAGAGCCCGCCCCCGGCCCGACCGUCCGGAUACUCACUCCAGAAGUGCGACGGGGCCCCCGCGGCCGCCUGCUGCUCCGCGUCCGGGCGUCGCUGACGCAGCGUCUCCCCGAAGCCCACCGCGUGCACCGAGCGCUGCUCGUGCUGCCGCCGCCGUCGCGGCCCUGGGACGUCACCGUGCCGCUGCGGCGCGCGCUCAGCCUCCGGGGACCCCGCGGCCGCGCACUGCGCCUGCGCCUGGCGCCGCCCCCGGGCCUGGCCGUGGCGCCCUCUGGCGGCGCGCGCCUGGAACUGCACCUGUGGCCGGCCGCCGGCAGGGGGCGCCGCAGCGCGCACGCGCGCCCCAGAGACGCCUGCCCGCUGGGCCCCGGGCGCUGCUGUCACCUGCAGACGGUGCAGGCGACCCUCGAGGACCUGGGCUGGAGCGACUGGGUGCUGUCCCCGCGCCAGCUGCAGCUGAGCAUGUGCGUGGGCGAGUGCCCGCACCUCUACCGCUCGGCCAGCACGCACGCGCAGAUCAAAGCGCGCCUGCACGGCCUGCAGCCCGACCGGGUGCCCGCCCCCUGCUGCGUCCCCUCCAGCUACACCCCGGUGGUCCUCAUGCACCGGACGGACAGCGGCGUGUCACUGCAGACCUACGACGACCUGGUGGCCCGGGGCUGCCACUGCGCAUGAGCGCCGGGCCGCGCGCUCCCCUGCACUCCUCUCUGCUAUUUAUAUUUGUAUUUUUUAAAUUUAUUUAUUUGUAUUUUAUGUGCAUUGGUGUUUUGCCUGCACGUGUGUCUGUGUGAGGGUGUCACAGGCAGGUGUGAGCUGCCCUGUGGGUGCUGGGAAAGGAACCGGGUCCUCUGGAAGAGCAGCCGGUGCUCCUAACCGCUGAGGCAUCUCACCGGCCCCCUUGUAUUUAUUAAUAUUAUUAAUUUAUUGGGGUCGGGCUGCGUGAGUGGGUGGAUUGUGUAUUUAUUUAAAACUCUGUUAAUAAACGUGAGACUGGUUUCUAUGAGGGUCUAAGACGGAGCCUCAGUUUCCCCAAGGCUGCCGCUGAGGGGACGAAUGGGUGAGAACGGAUGCGGUGCCAGGCCACCAGAGUGCUGCGAUCUCUCAGGGCCCGCAAGGCGGCUCGAUGAGGAAAGGCGCUUGGGGCCAAGCCUGAUGCCCUGGGUUCGAUUCCCAGGGACUCACUCGGUGGUGGAAAUGACUCCUGAGAGCUGUGCUCUGAUCUCCACAUGUGCUCCCUCCUCCUCCCUCCCUCCGUCUCCGUCACACACACACACACACACAAUGUAAUAAAUACUUUUUACAGAAUUGUGACGUCUGAACACGUGUGCCCUGUAACUUUCUGUCAUUUGUCACUGGGACAGUGCCUGACUCCACCUCAGUCACCAGUCAGCCUUCUAGUGGCCCUCCUGGUAUGGGGGAGUGU